CGCCCACUUUUUUUUGGAAGCGGAAGAUGGAGAUCUGUGUUUUCCUCCUGCCGUAAACUGGCAAGCCGUCGGGCUCCGAGCUCCAUGUUUCGGCGGCGCAUCUGCAGCCAUGACGGGCUGCGGUGAGCUGCUGCGGCGGCGGCUGUGAGCGGACUCCCCCGGCCGGCGGCCAUCGGGCGGACCCGGAGCGCCGGGCUCGGUACACGGCUGGCGCAAACGUCGAGCCGACAUGUGUUGAUCCGUGCAACUAUGGCGAACUGCUGAAAAGGUGUAUCUGCUGCCAUGGAGGUGGGUAGCCUCCCUGUGGAGCUGUGGAGGGUAAUCUUGGCCUACCUCCCCCUCCCUGACCUGGGCCGCUGCUGCCAGGUGUGCCGUGCCUGGAGGGAGCUGAUCUUCUCGCUUGACAACACCCGCUGGAGGCAGCUCUGCCUGGGCUGUCCCGAGUGCCGGCAUCCCAACUGGCCCAGUCAGCCCCACCUGGAGCCCGCGUCCUGGAGGGAGGCCCUGAAGCAGCACGCCCUCGCCAGCCGCACCUGGACCCGCAACGGCCAGGAGCUCCAGUCGUCCGCCUGCCUGCUCUUUUUCCGGAGGCGAAAGGACCGCAGGGUUUGGCACGUGGGCCCCGGGUGUGAGUUCGAGACCCUGCGCGGGGCCCUUGGCGUAGUGGGGCCGUACGACCGCGUGGUCCUCCAUCCGGGGGUGUACGAGGAGCAGGCCGAGGUGGCACUGAAGGUGCCCGUGGAGCUGGUCGGCGUAGGGCGACUGGGCGAGGUGGCCCUGCUGGUUUGCAUCGAGCAGCAGUGCCAGACUGCCAGGCUGUGUAACCUGGUGUUCAUGCCGCCCUGGUUCUCCACGGUUGUCUACAAGACAUCAUGGGGCCACGUUCAACUAGACAACUGCAAUUUUGAGGGAGCCCAGCUGCUAAUCCGCGGCCCCGGGACGUGCCAGGCUCGUUUUUGCUCCUUCUCCCAGGGCAGCUCGGCCCACCUGCUGGGCGUCGUCCUCAGUUUGCUGGACAGCUGCGAUUUCUCGGGAAGUGACACGGCUUCUGUGACGGUGGAGGGCCCCCCGGCGUCGGAGAGGAACUGGGCUUGCAAGCACUUGGCUGCCCUGGCUCGGACGUUCCCGUCCCGGUCCAACAGCGCUCCCAGAGGGCCUGAGGGCGGUUCCGCCGGUGAGCCUGACCCUGCCGGGGGUAAUAUGAAAAAGGAGAACGUGAACAUGGAGGACUGGAAAAGACAGGCCGGUGGAGACGCGACGUGUCGCGGCACAGUGAUUGAGGACGGCUGGAGCGACGGCGAGCACAGCGACGGCGAGGAGGAGAACCAGGAAGGGAUUAUCAACACCCAGAAGCUCUUUACACUGGAUUACAAAAUCCCCUAUGACCACCACGGGCUGUCCCAUCUACUGAAGACGCGCGCCGAUGGCUCCGUGCCGCUUGCUUCCUCCCCUGACCCGCCAUGUGUGACCCCCGAGCCCCUCACCUUUCAGCAGGAGCUAGACAGGGACCCCGAGGCUCAGAUGCUGGCAUCGUCGAUCCUCGGCUGCAUCCUCAGGCGCUGCCUGUUUCGGGACGGGAAGGGGGGUGUACAUUUGUCAAACUAUGGACAAGCUCGGCUGGAGGAAAACGUGUUCCGUGGCCUGAAUUACGCCGUCCGCUGCAUCCAGCACUCCACAAUUGUGAUGCUGAGAAACGAGGUGUGCGAGUGCCGUGCUUCAGGCGUGUUUCUGCGCCUGUCUGCUCAGGGCCUCAUCGCAGAAAACAACAUCCACUCCAACGGGGAGGCUGGGCUGGACAUCCGGAAAGGGGCUAACCCCAUCAUUCUGUGCAACAAGAUACACAGCGGUUUGCGUUCUGGCGUUGUGGUCCUUGGCAAUGGGAAAGGUUCAGUUCGGAGCAACUUGAUCUAUAACAACAAAGAAGCCGGUGUGUACAUUCUCUUUAGCGGGAAUCCAGUGGUGAGUGGGAAUCGCAUCUUCCAGGGCCAGGCGGCAGGAAUAGCUGUAAACGAGAACGGCAGAGGACUGAUAACGGAAAAUGUGAUAAGAGAGAACCAGUGGGGAGGAGUGGACAUCCGCCGAGGAGGUGACCCCAUACUGAGGAGCAACUACAUCUGCUACGGCUACUCCGACGGAGUGGUGGUGGGGGAGAGGGGCCGUGGACUUAUCGAGGGAAAUCAAGUCUACUGCAACAAAGGCUGCGGCGUGUGGGUUAUGUCAUCCAGCCUCCCACAGCUCCUGGGGAACUACAUCGUCCAUAACUGCAUGUACGGACUGGCGGUGUUCUGCAGGAAGGAUCCGGACACCAUCGAAGCCCGGGAGGGGAACUGGCCUGGCCAGGAAGGGAUAGGGGGAGACCUGGGAAACGGGGAAAGGAGAGGAGUCGAAGGAGAGAACAGGGAAGGGCAGGAGAACUUCAACGAAGAGGGGGAACUGUUCGCCUGGGAGAGCGACCUGGACAGCGAGGACGAGCGCCACUCCGCUCGGCGCUCCGUCAGCGUGGCGCUGAUGGAGGGCAACUGCGUGAGCUACAAUGGAGCGGUCGGCCUGUUUGUGAAGAGCAGCGAGGCCCUGAACGUUUUUGCCAACCUCGUCAACAGGAACUGCGGCCCGGGCAUUGCUGUGCUGCAGAGCUCUCAGCUGACGCGGCUCGUCACCAACUGCGUGGUGGAGAACGGCCGGGGGGGCGUCACAGUGGAGAAGGACUGCAGAGUGGAGCUCCGCGGCAACGGCAUCUACGAAAACCGGGGCCACGGCGUGCGCUUCAGCGGCAGCGGGCAGAUCGCGGAGAACGACGUGCUCGGCAACUGUGGAUACGGCAUCCAGGUGUCCGCGAGCGCCGACAUCAAGGUAGUUCGCAACCGUGUCCAACCGGCGCAGGGCUUCGGUAUCGCUCUGCUGGGUCCAGUGAAAGGCGUCGUCCACGACAAUCUCCUGUUCCAGGGUCACCCAGAAAACAAGAAACCCCUCCUACACACGGAUGCUGGAAAUGAAAGCUGUGUGUUGCGUAACAACAGUAUUCUAAGGCCUAAUAACAGUGGUGCAUCUUCCUCGCCCUGGGUGCUGGAUAACCCCCCUCCUCGCCCUCUGGCCAACUCCCCCGCAGGCCUCUCGUCCUCCCAGUACCCUUCCCGGCUGGGAAUCUCCAUGACCACCAGAGUGGGCGCCGCCGUGGAGAGCGGCUGCCACAGCGGCAGCAUGUUCUGCUCCAUCCUGUGAUUCGCUGGCCGAGCGGCUCCAGCUCAUCCCGAACUCGUCGCUUUUUAAACUACUGACGGUCCAAAUGAAGCACCGGGCCUUUUCUGUCAGGCGAAGCUCGUGAUUUUAAGAACACUGUCGGAGGAUUCAUCAGAUCACCUUUGCUUCAGUAAGUAGAGGUGAUGUUUUGGACAUUGAAGGGGUGGGGGGGAUUUUUUUUAUAAGAAAAUGCCUGUGCACUACAUUUUGACCAAGACAUGUUCCACUGAAGCUUUAUCUUGACGGCGUUUUAUUUCCACUGCACACUUGUCUUUCCGCUUCCGAUAGUUUCUGUGUAGGAUGUGCACUUUAAGAAAUCCCAGCAGCAUGAGGAGGCUUCAGAGAUUAUCUCGUUUGCCUCUUGACUUUUUUUUUUUUGUUUGUUUUAAAUCAAAAAUAUUGUAGCAAGGGGUUAGGAGAGACGAUCGUAUGAAGUGAAUAUGCAACAAAAAGCCAAUAUUAAGCUUUUACCUCUUGCACAGUGUGUUGUUUUAAGGUGGGUUUCUGGUUUCAGGGACUCACUUUGUUGCAACCGGACCGAAGGAAGAUGAUGUUCAGUGUGCAAUAUGUGAAGUCUACAGAUGUGCCUAUCCGUUAAAGCUGGAUGUUGGGUCAGCUAGAGGUCGUUUACAGCUUGUUAGUCUGCUUGUUUUUUUUUU